CGGCGGGGCUUGGCCACGCCCACACCCGGAAAGAGGCGUGGCCUCUCCACCGAACGGGGCGGGGUGUAACGAAAUGGGCGUGUCCAGUGGGAGGGGCGUGUGUGCGUGACGUCAUUAUUGCGCGCACCCGGAAGCGGCGCCGGGACCCCGGGGAGGGUUCGGGGGUCCCGGGGAAGGCUCGGGGGGUCCCGGGGGGGGGUUCCGGCGCCGCCAUGGCGGGGGAGGCGGUGCUGCAGGUGCUCCGGCAGGGCGUGUGGGCCUCGCUGACCGGCGGCUGCUUCCUGGAGCCGCAGCUGGGAGCGUUCGCCAACUGCGUGCGGCUCUACGUGUGGCUGUUCCUGCUCGGGCUGCCGCUGGGCCUCUACUCGGCGCUGCCCCCCUCCCCGGCCGUGGCCGCCCUGUACUGCGCGCUGGUGGCCGCGUUCUUCGGGGCCGUCAAGGCCGUCACCUUCCGCCUGCACGCCCGCCUCGACCGGGGGGGCGACCCCCGGGGGGACCCCGAGGGGGGGGGCGGCGGCGCUGCUGCCCCCCCGCAGCCCCCCGGAGCGGGACGGGACCCCCCGCGUGAGUCUGGGGGGCUGGGGGGCCCCCAGGAGAGGGAUGGGACCCUCGGCCCCCCCGGGGGGGCUCUGGAGCUCUCGGUGCUGCGGUGGCCGAGCGCGACCCCCCCUCAACUCUGUGGCUUCAACCAACUCUCG